UAACAGAGAAAACAAAAACUUAGAAAUACACAACAAAUUAAUAAGGAAAAAAUGGCCAAGAAGCUCGUCGCAUUGUUUGUCAUGUGCAUCGUUGUCGUCGCGGCAAUGCACGCCCGUGAGGCCGAGGCUACAAACAGCGAGGCCUUGUACAAGGCGUGCUUUCUAAAUUGCCAAGAUGCAUGCAAAGUUGAAGGCAACGGUUUCACCCACUGUGAAGUGAAAUGUGACACUGAAUGUUCAAAUAAGGAGGAAGAAGAAAAACUGAACAUCAAGCUGCAUUGAGCGUUGAAAAUUACCCUGUUGCAAGCGUAAAGUACUUGUUCCCUCUUAAUGAAGACAACAAAAAAAAG